UUUAUUUCUUCCUGCUGAACACACUGUAACACAGUCCUCUCUGAGUGGCCAGCGGUCAAGUACAGAUAGCUGUAUCGGAGCCGACGUCAAGAACCCUUUCACGCCUCAACCAUGGUUCAUGUAGUGGUGAUUAUCCUACUGUGUGCUGCAUCAGCAGCUUCCGCAGCCAGUACUCCAUGCAGCAACUGUGACGGUAACAACGUGGCCUGUGUUGACGGCGUGUGUCUACCUCGCUGUGUCAAUGUGACGUCAUCUGGAGAGUGUCUCCAGUGUCGGGACUCCAGGUCCUAUGGUAAACAGUGUGAACAUGACUGUCCAGACAACUGUCUCAACUCUCGCUGUCUGAUGGACAACACCCGUGUUGUGUGUACAGAGGGAUGUGUGGCCGGCAAGAAGGGAGAUAACUGUGGUGUAAACUGUCCUACAGCCUGUACACAGUGUGAACGUUAUGGUGAUGGUUGUACAGGACCGUGUCAGAAUCCCAAGUAUUACGGUCCACACUGUAGAACACCUUGUUCCUCCAGCUGUACAGAUGGAUGUAAUAGGAUCACGGGGGAGUGUGGCAGCUGUGAGCCAGGUUACACAGGGGACAAGUGUGAUGUUACCUGUCCCCCCAACUGUAGAGGUGGAUGUGACAAAGACACGGGGGAGUGUGACAGCUGUGAGCCAGGUUACAGAGGGAAGUACUGUGGCAGCUGUGAGCCAGGUUACACAGGGGACAAGUGUAAUGUUACCUGUCCCCCCAACUGUAGAGGUGGAUGUGACAAAGACACGGGGGAGUGUGACAGCUGUGAGCCAGGUUACAGAGGGAAGUACUGUGGCAGCUGUGAGCCAGGUUACACAGGGGACAAGUGUAAUGUUACCUGUCCCCCCAACUGUAGAGGUGGAUGUGACAAAGACACGGGGGAGUGUGGCAGCUGUGAGCUAGGUUACACAGAGGACAAGUGUGAUGUUACCUGUUCCCCCAACUGUAGAGAUGGAUGUGACAAAGACACGGGGGGGUGUGACAGCUGUGAGCCAGGUUACACAGGGAAGUACUGUGGCAGCUGUGAGCCAGGUUACACAGGGGACAAGUGUAAUGUUACCUGUCCCCCCAACUGUAGAGGUGGAUGUGACAAAGACACGGGGGAGUGUGACAGCUGUGAGCCAGGUUACAUGGGGGACAAGUGUAAUGUUACCUGUCCCCCCAACUGUAGAGAUGGAUGUGACAAAGACACGGGGGAGUGUGACAGCUGUGAUCCAGGUUACACAGGGAAGUACUGUGACACCUGUGUGACAGAUGUGAGAGAAAGUCAGCCAUGUGUCUCAACUGCUCCACGGGUCUGA